AUGAGUUUCCUAACCAGGCAUUUGCCUCUGCUUUUGUGGUACAGUGUCUUCUUGUUCAUGGGCCAUUGCUUGGCGAUAGAAGGUAGGAAGAGAAAAUAUUACCCUGAAGAGCCCCCUGUCAAGAUCAUCGUGGUUGGAAUUAGAAGUGAAAGUCCACUUUUGAUUGAUGCUUUUGCCCUCUGCGUCACUUUGAACAACGGAGACGUGAUCGAUUGUGUAGAUUUUUACAGUCAGCCUGCCAUGAAACACCCUUCUAUUAGAAGGAACCCCCAGUUGAGAGCAGAACUUCUACCACAUCGAGUAAAAAUAAUGGAGGAUAAAACUCGUGAGCCGACACAUGACAAUUUGGAAGGAAUUGGCCCGAAAAUGGAGAGCUGCCCACCAGGAAGUGUUCCAUUUCUCAAGGCCACCAAGGCAGGGUCGCUCAAUCUCAGUGCUAUCAAUGAUUUCAAAGGAUCAAGUACCCAGUUCUUUCACAAAACCAAAGCCAUAAAAGUGCAAAAAGAUAAGGAAGAGGAACAUGAGUAUGCAGUGAUGAUGUUAGAAGAUGGAGAGUAUACAGGAGCUGAGGGAACUAUUAAUAUUUGGGCUCCCAUUGUUCACAACCGCCUUGAAAUAAGUGUAUCACAAAUUUGGGUCGUACGAAAUCUUGGUGAAGAACAUAUUGCAACACUUGAAGCUGGUUGGAUAAACAAUUAUGGAAAUUGGGACGUUUUCGUGGAUGACCACCUCAUCGGAUUUUGGCCAAGUCAAAACUACGACGACGGCUUCCCCCUGGCCAACGAGAUUCAAUGGGGAGGAGAAAUCGUGAACAAGCGGAGCAGGGGACGGCACACGAGGACGCAGAUGGGCAGCGGCCAUUUCUCCGGUGAGUACAUAGGGGUGUCUGCUUACAUCACGCACAUGGCCUUCUUCGACGAACACAACCGAUACUCUGACGCCCCCACUGAGCUCCGGCCAAUCGUCGACGAUCCUGGGUGCUACGACGCAACAUAUUGGGCACAUAAUGCAGAUUAUGGAUCCCACAUGACUAUGGGAGGACCUGGAUAUGAUGAGAGCAAUUGUCCUUGA